AUGGGAUUGCCACCAUGGGAGACGAGCGAUAGCCAACUGUUUGCUCUAGUAACUGGCGUCAAUAGUGGUCUAGGUUAUGCCAUUGCUGCACGACUCAUUGACGAAUUUAUCACGUCCCCCUCCACUCCUUCUACGAAACACCUCGUUCUCAUCCUUUGCACGCGUGCUCCAUUGAAGACGCGUUUUACCAUAUCCAGACUCCGAGCUCAUCUCAGGAGGCAAGCCGAAUACUCCCCAUUUGCCACGAAGUCUCGGAAGAAUGCCAAAGCUCAGGGACUCGAGUACAAGUGGUCAGAUGUGGUACAGAGAGUUCACUUCAUAGGCGUUGAAGUCGAUCUUUGCAAUCUAAAGAGUGUCUAUGCUCUGGCUGAUAAACUGGUCAAUGGCACCGUGGGGAGCCCGGAUGCAACAACUUACGACGGAUUGAAGCUCCCUCAUGGGUCCCCCGGAACACAAAGUUAUUCAGACGACGUAAAGCAAGAUCGAUGGGCAUUGAGCCAGGAUCCCGGAUCCUCUGGUGCGCAGAGGUCUUGGGGCUGGGGACUGAGUGGACUGCGCAUCCCAAGGCUAGAUGUGGUCGUCUUGAGCGCAGGAAUUGGAGGAUGGCUUGGUGUUGACUGGUUGCCCGCUGUUCGACAGGUGUUACUGGAUACUGUGGAGGCAGUCACUUGGCCAACAUUCAAGUUAGCAAAUACUGGCGCAGUCUUGAAGGCGCAAUCAUCUUUCCCAGAUCCAAAGACAGGCGAAGCUACUGGAUCGUCAGACCAAAAGGAACCUCCCCUUGGCGAGGUCUUCUGCUCCAAUAUCUUCGGCCACUACAUCCUCGCUCACGAGCUAAUGCCUCUGCUCUCUCGCCCUGCUUCGCCUGAAUCCCAAGCCAGUGGGAAAAUAAUUUGGGUCUCCAGUAUCGAGGCUCUCGCAGAACAUUUAUCCUUGGAUGAUAUGCAGGCACUCAACUCUCGAACCCCUUACGAGGACUCUAAGCGUCUCAUCGACGUCCUCUCUCUGACCUCUGACCUCCCAUCCGUGAAGCGGAUUGCCGCCCCAUACUUUGAUAGCGCGAAUACAGUCACCGCAACCAAAAGCAAGCAACAAGCGAACGGAGACCCCUUGGUGAAACCAAAGAUCUACCUGACACAUCCUGGUGUCUUUGCCUCUGAAAUCAUGCCAUUGAACCUCCUCCUGGUGUUUAUUUAUAAAUGGCUGUUCCUAGUUGUAAGGUGGAUGGGAAGUCCUUGGCACACUAUCGAACCAUACAAAGGAGCUGUUGCUCCUGUCUGGCUGGCCUUGACGGAUGUCGAUGAGCUGGAGGACAUGGAAGCACAUGGAAUGCACAAGGCAAAAUGGGGCUCUGCAACUAACACAGGUGGCGAGGAAAGGGUCAUGAAGACAGAGGUUCCUGGCUGGGGCUGGGAUGGAUCCAUCGAUAGUGAACAUGAUGGCAAGAGAAGAAAGGGCAGGAAGCGGGAUGCUGUGGAUUUGACCAAAGAGGCGAAGGAGGAUUUCGAAAUUCUAGGUGUUAAGAUCUGGGGCCAGAUGGAGGCGCUAAGGAGAGAGUGGGAGCGUAUUCUGGGAGUCAAGAGUACAAGUACAUGA